AUGGCCACUCCAUCGGCGGAAAAGGCAGACACACUCAAGGAAACAGUGGAUUAUGUGACAGAGGCGAUUAAGCAAUUAGAGAUGGAGCAGGAGCAAGUCGCAAAUGACAAGCACCCAGAGUUUCAGCGCCUACUUGCGACUUUGGAUGCCACACGUCUUCGCCUCUUGUCCAUAGCAGAGAUACAGUAUCAGCUAUCUAUUCAGCAUGCUAAGCACACCAUGGAGUAUACAAAAGCGCAAAUUGAGGCCGAUUUCCUCGUCGCCAGGGACGAUGUAAAAGACAAGCUCUACAAUGAUCUGCGGAGACGCCGGAAGGAAAUCAAGGAUCUGAUAGACAAAUUAGCUCAGCACGGGGUCUCGGUUGAGCAGGAGUUAGUUGACAAGCUUGACACGCGUUUUCCUGCACGAAAGAGGACCCGUGAAAAUUCGCGGUCCCAGCGCCCAGAGUUCAACCUCAAGCUCUCUGAGCACGAGAUCCGCGAGGACACCGUGUACAUCCAGUCCUUGCGACAGGAGAACUCUAGUAAAUAA